AUGGCAGAAAAUGAAAAUAGCCCGCUCUUUGAAACAAGGCCGGUUAAGGGACGGUUCGUUUUCAAGUUAUUCAUAAUUUCAGUGACUGUCGGUAUCGGCUUCAUUUGUGCUUACAGACUACGGUUUUUUCCGGUGGCAUCGGGAAAACGUGAGCGAUGUGCUUGGAUUGGAUUGUUUCUUUGCGAGCUCUGGUUCAGUUUUUAUUGGUUCAUCACCCUAAUUUGUCGAUGGAACCCUGUCUACCGUUUUCUUCACAAAAACAGGCUCUCCCAAAGAUACGUGAAAGAAACAUUACCGGGCGUAGACAUAUUUGUAUGCACGGCGGACCCGUCGGCGGAGCCACCAGUCAUGGUGAUGAACACAGUUUUAUCAUUGUUGGCUUAUGACUAUCCACCGGAGAAGUUAAACAUCUAUUUGUCCGACGAUGGAGCGUCGGAUUUAACGUUUUAUGCAAUGUUGGAAGCUUCAAGUUUCUCAAAGCAAUGGCUGCCGUUCUGCAAGAAGUUCAAGGUGGAACCCAGAUCUCCCGAGGCUUACUUUCAGACAGCCAUUGAACCAGACAACCAUGAUCCUGUCGAGCUCAAACACUGGCUUUCAGUGAAGAAACUAUAUGAUGAGGCAAAUAUGAGGAUCAAAACCACGAGGAAGAAGAAUAAAAUCCCAGAAGACAUUCGUAAACAGCACAAAGGAUUUCGUGAAUGGGACUUUGUUACAAGCAGGAAUGAUCAUCAAACCAUUCUUCAAAUCUUAAUUGAUGGAAGAGACCCCGAUGCUGUGGAUAUUGAAGAAAACGUCCUUCCUACCCUUGUGUAUUUGGCACGUGAAAAAAGACCUCAAUAUCACCACCAUUUCAAAGCUGGAGCCAUGAAUGCUCUUAUUAGAGUAUCAGCAAGGAUAAGCAAUAGUCCGAUUAUUUUGAACGUAGAUUGCGAUAUGUACUCAAAUAAUUCGGAAUCCAUUAAAGACUCUUUAUGCUUUUUCAUGGACGAAGAGAAGGGACAUGAGAUCGCCUUCGUACAACAUCCUCAAACCUUCCACAAUCUCACCAACAAUGACAUUUAUGGUAAUUCACUUCGAGUUGCACGAAAGGUGGAGUUUCCAGGAUUAGACGCAAAUGGAGGGCCAUGCUAUAUCGGGACCGGAUGCUUUCACCGACGAGAGGCUCUAUCCGGGAAGAAAUACGACGAAACCUGCAAAGUUGAUUGGAAGCGACUAAAUCAUACAAGGGUUGAAGAAAGUACAAUUGUUGUUGAAGAAACAUGUAAAGUUCUUGCAAGUUGUAGCUUUGAACAAAACUCACCGUGGGGAAAAGAGAUGGGGUUGAAAUAUGGGUGCCCAGCAGAGGAUAUAAUUACAGGUUUGAGCAUACAAUGCAGAGGCUGGAAAUCCAUCUUUUUGGACUCUGAAAGAGAGAGUUUCUUAGGCAUUGCUCCGAUUUCACUGUUGACGAUGCUGGUGCAACAUAAGAGAUGGGCCGAAGGUCAUUUUCAGAUUUUCUUGUCAAGAUAUUGUCCCUUGUUAUACGGACAUAACAGGAUCCCUCUAACACUUCAACUCUGUUACUGUUCCGCCAAUUUAUGGGCUGCAAAUUCUUUGCCAACGUUGUACUAUGUCCUUGUCCCUUGCAUUUGCCUUCUUAGAGACAUCCCAUUGUUUCCCGAGAUAUCAAGCCCAUGGGUCCUCCCAUUUGCGUAUGUUUCCAUUGCACACCGAACAUAUUGUCUUGGGGAAUUCAUGUGGUGCGGGGGCACAUUCCAAGCUUGGUGCAACGAUCAAAGGAUAUGGCUGUUCAAGAGAACCACUUCCUACUUUUUCGCCUUCUUUGACACCGUCUUGAAGCUACUAGGGUGCUCGAAAUCAGCCUUUGUCAUCACACCGAAGGUUGCGGAUGGAGAUGUCUCAAGAAGAUACAAGCAAGAGUUGAUGGAAUUUGGUGAUUCAUCUCCCAUGUUCGAUGUUUUAGCGUCGCUUGCAAUGUUGAAUCUGUUUGGUAUCUUUGGGGUGAUCAAGAAGCUGGCCUUCGAUGCCGAUCACGAUGAGUUUUCUGAUCGAUUUGGAUUGCAGAUUGUUUUGUGUUUACUUUUGGUUGGUCUCAACUGGCCUGUAUACAAAGCACUGUUUUUCCGUAAAGAUAAGGGUAGAAUGCCAGCUUCAGUUACUUACAAGGCAAUUACCUAUGCCUUGUUAGUAUCUACACUAGCCUUGUAG